AUGGAUUCUGAGGGAGAGGCACCCGCCGCCGGCACGACGGAUCCACCGUCGACCGAGCAAUUACUCCAAGCUGCUGCCUCAGCCGAUGCCGAGGACCUGCGGCGCCUGACGCAAUACUACACCACAGACGUCGACAUUCGAAACCAGGACGGACUCAGCGCACUGCACUUGGCCAUCUUAUCACAGCAUGACGGGGCUGUAGAAGCUCUCGUCGAGGCAAAUGCCGACAUCGAAGCGACGACGCCUGCUGGUAAACGGCCCCUAUUUCUAGCCAUCGAAGAGUCGCGAACCGAGGUGGUGCGGUUCCUCUUAGCCCAUCAUGCUCUCACCGAUGCAGAUGCCGGCGGCAGAAUGCCCCUACAUGAAGCGGCGUCUCGAGGCAACGUCCAUGUCGUGCGGCUCCUCCUCGACUAUGGAGCGGAUAUCCAGGCUCUAAGCACAGACGAGAGGGAUGCUUUGUUCUUCGCUGUGAGGAGCCAAAAUGUGGCCGUGGCCCGACUGCUACUCGACCGCGGCGCGGAUCCCGAUGCUUACCUUUCGGAGGAUCCCCCGACUGCGCUUCACCUGGCCUCGGAGCUGUGCGACGUUGAGAUGAUGCGGAUGCUUCUCGAGCGAAGAGCAAAAGUGGACUUGAGAGACUUCAACGGCGCAACCCCUCUCUUCAGAGUUGUCGCUGCGGGGAAUAUCGAAGCUGCCAAGCUCCUGCUUCAGCACGGGGCCAGUAUUCGCGUGUGGGCAUCUGGCGGCUUCUCGGCUCUUGACCUUGCGGAUGGGAAUCUCGAAAUGCUUGAGCUUCUCAACGGAGACAGGGUGCUUCAAGGGCCAAAAGUACGAGGGGCUGGGCCGACAGACGAGCCGGAGGCCACUUUCACAGUUCUCAAGCCUCCUCCAACGCCGGCCGAGCACGAGCGCGAUAAGUUGACCGCUUGCCAGGGCUUCAACGCCAUCAUUACAGAUUUCUUCCUGAAUGGAGAAGAACACGAGCAGUCGGUGCCCAAGACGGCAUCGGUAUAUGAGCUCCUGUAUAGCCAUGGUCCAGGCGCUAUUCGAAGCCGUCUUGAUGGCCGCGAUCCAAGCUAUACAUGGUACCACUUACCAUCCAAUAAUGUAGGUGAGCAAAAGUUGGAUACUGGGUUACAUAUACUGAUUCCAUUCAAUCUCGCAGAUGGUAUGGGUAGAGACCCUGCGUUUAUUACCAAGUCUCAAACCAAGCUCACCAAGCAGGGCUUUACCGGAAAUACUGACAGUAUUGUCGCUUUCGUCCCAUUUCUACAUUUCGAAACCUUUGCCGGACAUCAAGCUGUGGAGGCUGCACUGGCGAGAGCUCGUGAUCGCCCAAAUAGCUCCAAGAAUCUUCAGCUGGGUCAGUUGGGCGUCCCGAUACCUCCAGCAAUCAGCGUGCGAACUCGCAAGUCAUCAGAUGAGGCACCAGCCAGCCGAUCCAGGCCGGCAACCCUAAGCAGCAUCAAUGCGGCUGUUGACUCAGCCUUGGGCAAGAUUGGUACUGCCCUGCGCCACAAUUCACGGUCGAGCGCCAAAUCAACAGUCGCGCAUGACUUAGAGAGACAAUCACCAGGGCAGGCUGGAGAGCAAGCUGCUUCAUCUUCUAGAAAUAACAGCAUCCAGCAAGACCCAAGCGUAACGACACCCCAGGGAGGAAUCAUACCACAGAAACUGGAUCACCGCAGCUCACUUUCUGAUACUGGACGCCGAUCUCCGCCAUCAACCAGCCAAUUCUCCCCAAACGAGGGCCAGCAGUCGGACGCUUCACAUAAUUUGAUGACAGCUGACACUAACGAAUCACCCGCUCCCAAGCCUGGUUCAGACAAUCAUUCUGAAGCACAAAGGUCCGGGUCGCCUAGAAAGGGCCAAGAAUCAGAACCCGAACCCAAAGUCGAACGUAAAACUAGAAUGAGGACAAAACAACAAGGCCCUCGCAUAGACCCUCCACAGAAGAACCUCCACGAACAUCUCUUCAGAGGCUACUUCAACUCUGGCACAUCUGAUCUGCAGCCACGUCGCACGUUGGACCAAUAUGUAUAUGCCGACAUCGAAGCAUCUUCAAAUAGGGACAACGAUCAGGUCGUCUAUCGAUACACAAAAGAUUCCCGGGCCAAGAUUUUCAUGGUGGACCAGUUAUGGUUGUGGAUCCUAGGCGAAGACACGAUAAUCACAUGCUGCCCCGUCCGGUGGAGCUCUUGGGAGACCAAGCGGCCGAGACAGGCAGAGAUGCCUACUGCAGAGACCUCGAAGCCCGGAUUCUACAUCAAGUGGUUCAGCGGAAUGGUUCACAACCCCCACGCCUCGUUGGUGAGCCAGCGCGCCAUGGGCUAUCGCCCCAUGAUGAUUGGCGGUCACGGCUCAAAAGAGCCCAGGGCGUCACAACCGAGGCGUAAUAUGGCGGACGGUACCUGGCCUGAGCUUAAGCUUGACGAUCCCUUGAAUGUCUCCCAAAUUGUCAACCGGCACCUUCUGAAGCAGAAUCGGAGCGCUGUGGAGUCGGUCUUUGAGCUAGCUGGGCUUAUCACAACGUGUUGUGUUGACUUGUUUGAUCCGUAUCAAGUGAGCGAGGAUUAUCUCUUCUUGGACUUUUUCGAAAACUCCAUCGGUCAAGCGAGCGAUAAGUCGCAAACUACCUGA